UCACCCAUUCAAGAAUCAAGAUCUCUGCUUCUGCUUUGCUCAAUGUCGAAAUUGCCCUCCACUAUGGGUCAUAGAUACAUAGGAUACUGUGAACUUUAUUUAAAUGUUGAAUCCCCAAGGAUCCCUCACGCCCAAGACGUUUUUGGGAGGUUAUAAAUCACGUUGUCUCAAUCGAUCCAAUGGUGGUACAUCUUAUAUCUGUGCGUAUCAGAGGUUCAAUCCAACAUGCAGGGACUGUAAGCUCAACACGACCGUUGCAGGUGUGAUACCCCCUACUCCCGUUCAACAUCCCAUAUCUACCACUACUCCGUCUGCCUCCUCUGGGAAAGGCAAGGAAAAAAUGAUUGCCGACCAGACAAAUGCUGAACAAGCCCGGAAGAGGCACCGGGUAAAUGAUGGUAGCCAGAUUAUCCCGAUCGAUCACGUAGUUGAUUUGACCGGUCCAGAUGCUGAACGGAAAAGACAUGUUCUCCCUCUUCAGCCCAAGAAUCCAGUUUUUACAAAUAUGCCGUUCGAUGAUUGGAUGUUUGUGGAGUUCUCC